AUCAUGCACUGCGGUCGUACAUGACAUGAUUACCCGUGACCUUGAGUGUCCUUGACAUGAUUAUUGUGUAAUCUGCAGCUAAAUGACGUCACAGGCACUGAUUUUGAAAAUUCACUGUACACUUUCAGCCAAUCAGAAAAGAGAUAUAUGUAUGAUAUGAGAUGUAUAGUAAUGAAAAUUAACAUUGCCUGAAGAUAAAGAAAAGUUAACACCCAAAACAACCUCCAUAGAAUGGGGAACAAAAACAACUCAAGGGUGUGGUCCAAGAAAAAUUACAAGAAGCCCAAAGGUCCCUCACCAUGAAAUCCUGGGUGCUCAGCACUUAAGCUUAUAUGAAAAAAGUAAGUUUCUCUAGUCGCCCAAAGGUAAAAUUUAGUCGCCUGUGGCACCAGGAUGCUUCUAGAGCACAUCCCUACAACCAUUCACUCUCAGGCACACUGGGAUCUAUAGUAAGGAUAUAUGUAUUACCAGUAAGUAGAAACUGGAUGCAUAGUGAGACAGAGGGUUUUUUGAGUGUAUGGUUCCAGAAAAUAGCCACACCCACACCAAGUAGGGUUACUAGAAAUUCCAAGGGGGAGGGGGUCUCAAAAGCUAAACUUUUUAAAGGAAAGUAGGAACCAAAACUGGAGUUUUCAGAGUUAUGGAGGGGGGGGGGGGUCAAACCAAAAACCCCUCUGUGGGAAGGGUAUGAUACUUUCUGAACAACACAAUUUCCUCUUCUUUUGUCAUCUGCAUUAGCUUUGGUUGUCACAUCCGUGGACAUGAUGUAGAAUACAAUAUUAUCAUGUUCUCUACAAAUAAGGGCAGUUUAAUAACCAGAGGUUAGCUGACACAAGAGAUGCUCUAUUUCUUUUGGAGUGGACUUAUUAUUGGAAGUUUACAAAGCCCUUGAAAUCUUUCAGCCCACCCAUUCCUUUCACUGGAUAUUGACACUGUUCAAGAUCAGAUGGCUAUCGGUUCUGCUGAUGGAAAGGUUCACAUGUAUGACCUGACAUCUGAUGGUGGUUAUCGAUGCCUAUUUGAACUGGAUGUGGGUCAGCUGCUACAGAAAUACUGGAAUCAGAAGGAAACAUCCAAGGCCACAUCAAGUGAUGGACCAUCGUUCAUCAGCAGUCAGCCAUCAUGGCAAAAGCAGGUUGUCCCUGAUGAUGAAAAGGAAUCCACUUUGGAGCCAGGUACAACGGUGCUUGGUGUCUGUUUUAUCAGGAAUCAACAACAGCCCUGUGCUGAAGGCAACUCUAGUGUGGCUCUACACAAGGUCCUAUUUGGGUCACAAAGUGGAUCAACUAUAAAGGAUGUAUUUCAUGUUCCAUCUAUUGUUGCCAUAGCAACCACAGCUGCUGUUCUUCUACUUAACUGUAAUAGUCGAGAGCCACUUUAUAUUCUAGACUUCCAAGAGCCUGUUUUAUCCAGCAAUGAACUUGAUGUGAUACAGUACAAAAUAUCUACACCAGGUUCAUUUACCUUUGCUGAAAGACCAAACGGUAGUGUUACCUGUCUUAUUGGCAGCUUGUUUCAAAACACUGUCAAUGUUGUCAACAUUAGAAUUCCGUCAACUAACAAAGAAGUAGAGAAUGCUACAGAGGUCUUGUCUCAAAGGUUAUUCCAGUCAGUAGGUUUGAGUUCCCUUGGCAACGAAGUUGGGGAAACGUCAGCGACGAGGGGAGCAGAGAUGGCAACAAACACUAUUACCGUGCUUUCAAACUCUCCUCUCUGUAGUAAUUCACCCUUAAAAGCAGAGCUUGUACCAAAAACAGCAGCAAAACAACAACAACAACAACAGAAGAAGGCGUCCCAGAAAGGGAUUAAAACAGGCGUUCGUGAUCAGCCCCUCACAUUCCACUCAAAAGUCAAAUCAUCCGGUUACACCGCGGCGGCUCCAAGAUCUAAAAUGUUUUCCCCAAACACGAGCCAUUCAAAGUCAAAAACCACUACAGUUUCCUUGAAAAGGGCAACCUUCUCUUCCUCAAGCUCUGGGGCAACGUUGAAGGAAUACCCGGUAGAUAGCGAGGCCCCAACUAAUCUGCAGUAUAAAAUUCCGCUCACUGAAAAACCCACUCCUAUCAACAGCGUCGUGUUUGCAGGAGAUGGAAAGCAUAUCGCUUGUGCUCUAGCUAAUAAGAGUGCCCACAUGUUAAGACCUCCGCCUUCAACCAAAGAGACAGUGUUUACUGGUCAUGACGGAUCAGUGACCAGCGUUAACUUCAGCCACGACAGCCGCUGGCUGUUGACGUCAUCAUGUGACAGGACAGUCAGAUUGUGGAGCCCCGCCCACUCAGACCCUUUGAUGGUAUUCUCGUCUGUCAAUCAUAACUUUGCCUCUGAACUUGGUAGUUCUGAUAAAGUCAAGGAUAACCCUCCUUUUGGUAAGGAAAUAAUCCAAGCAAAGUUUUAUUAUGUGGACAAGUUUGUUCUUGUAGCCAGUGGUAAUGGUCUUCACAUGUACAAGUACCACAUUGACGCCGGGCAAAAAGAUGACGUGAAAAGAUACCAGACGAACAACAAGUACAAAUUGGUAAAAAUCUUUCAUCAGGAGAGAGCGCAGCAAAUAACCUGUUUCUCCGCUAUCAACGGAUUUCAUUCCUAUAUAGUUUUGUGCUGUGGCUCCAAUAAAUCCAUCCAGGUCUUUGAUAUAAACGCGGCUCGCACAGUCCGGGUGGUCCUGGACGCGCACUCUCGGCCUGCACACACGAUACAACAGAACGAGGGUUCAAUGUUUGUCUCACACCCUCCUAAUGCCUACGACCUGUUUUUGACGGCCGCAGUGGGUGAUGGGAUAAAAUUAUGGGACUUGCGCACUAACAGGUGUGUUCGACGGUAUGAUGGUCACGUGAACAGAUCUCAGCCAGUGGGUGUGGCGAUCAGUCCGUGCGCAAGAUUCAUUGCGACUGGUUCGGAAGAUAGAUCGGCUUACUUGUACGACAUUCGAGGGAACACAUUUUGCCAUCGUCUAACUGGGCAUACCGACGUUGUAUCAGGCGUUGCCUUUCAUCCGGCUCGGCCUCAGCUUGUUACCGCCUCGCUGGACGGCAAGUUACGGUUUUAUUCUGAUCAAGUGAAGCAACUUUGAGGUACGUUUUGCCUAAAAUAUGUUCUUGUCACCUACGAGUGGACUUGCCUUUGUGAGCGACAAACGUUGGGGAAAACCAAACUGGAGAAAAAAGGAACACUUAGGUGAUAAAAGUAAACUAACCCCUGCAGCUUCAAAUGCUCGCUACGGCAGUUUAAUGCACCUUUUUCAACUUCAAGUUGGGUUUCCUAGCUAAGUGCUCCUCUUGCUCACCAACGCAGCUCAACGGUUUCUUUAGAAACUAAUUCAUUCAGUUGACGAAAAGUGAAAUAAAUAAAAUCCCUUGCGCUGUGAAAACCGGGCUGAAAUCUGCUAGAGUAGUUAAAUAUAAAACGCGAGAUCCACCAGGCAUAGUUUGGAAUAAACACCGGGGGAGUUAAAUCAAGGAAAUACGGCAUUUCAACUGUAGGAAUACACAGUCUACAAUCAGUGUGAGUACCUAAGCUCACUUACCACGCUACCGGAAGAAAGCACUUGUCAAAACUGUUGUUGUUGUUAUUGUUGUUUUCAUUCAACACGGCUGGAUAGUUUCAUCUACGUUGCUAUAUUUACGAUAACAUCGAACAUGGACUUCGUUUAAACUAUCAGAAAACUUUCUAAAGAAUUGUAAUAAGUUACUAAUGUAAACAAGGUAUACGUAGUGAAGGGAGAGCUUGGAAAGGAAAAGGAAAACGUAUACAACAACAGCUUGAAGAUAGCAGUACCAUGAAAGACAGUCGUUGCAGACUUGCUUCAUGAAGUAGAUCACUCUAAGAUUAAGAAUUAACCCCUCUAUUUUGACAGCCAUGCACCUUAAGCUUCACUGAAGCUUGCAAGAGACCCGCAGUUUAUUCGGGUUCCAACGUGAAAUUUGAGAAAAUACGGUACGAGAGGACAUACAAGCUGGUUUCUCGUGAUAUUCGAAAAAUAAGUUUAUCCAAGUUGAAUAAUCCCUUUUCUUUUCUCAAACGUUUUGCGACUGAGUUCGUGUUUCGAUGAAUAAAUUAUAAACCCUUGUAGAAACACAAACUACAGUGCUUUAGUAAACAUAACUUCCUAAGUUGAAAGCAAUUUAUACUGAUAUUUACUCCACUUGAUCCAGCAAACGAGAGAUCUGCCCACGUUUCAGUUAAAAAUUGUUUUCUUCGUGGAAUUGUUUCUGAAAAAGAACUCAUUCGAGGUAAACGAUAUUUGUUUUUUUUUUUUCUGCUGUCCAAACAAAGUUACGUGCAAAACUUCACUUCAAUUGAGCGGCAUAGCUUAGAUUCGAAAUGUGGUCACGUCCGAGUUUUUCUGCUCCAGAUUUGAUUUUUUCGAAGUCCAAACGAGUAGAUUAGCGACAGGUGAGUGUAAAAUCGCAUAGCACGGCACAAGAGCUCUGUUGAUUUAAGGCCGGCUCCGAUAACCCACGGAUUAAAAUAACGGAAGGUGGGUCGGGGAUUGUCCCUCCUUCGACCCACUCAGUUUAAAAAUCUUGCGUAGUUGUUUGUAAAAUGCUUGUUUUUCGAGGAACCACCUGUUACAUUAAUUGCUUGUGCUUGGCUUACAUUCGGCAUCUUGACGAAGUUUCUAGCAUGUUACUCGACCGAUUUUUCGCCUGGUAACUUAGCAAAAGAAAAUGGUUGUGAUUUUAUAUGCUGGACGUGAAGUCAUGCAUUUCAAUUUCCGGUUGCAGGUGGCCGUUUCUUUUUUCUCCCCUCCUUUUUACUGCCUGAGUAACAAUAAAUACACUGUUGACAGCAGCAAAGGAUUUAAACACGCCAGCAAUCAAUAAUUUGCCUGGAUGCCUACAAGAAAGCAGAAUACUCUGUAAAUGUCCAU